AUGAUACUGGCGUCUCGGGGUGCCGAAGUUUGUGUGUCGGAUAUCGACGCCGAGUCUGCCGAGCAAGUCGCGGCGGAGAUCAACGAGGGUGGCGGUAACGCGUUCGCUACGGGUGGAAAUGUAACCGACAUCGAUUCGAUAUCCGAAGUAGCCCGAACCGCGAUCGAUACGUUCGGCAAGCUCGACAUUGUGCGUGCCCAACGCCGGCGUUCUCGGCGGUCCUACCUUCACGUCGCGGAAAGACUACAUCGCCGAGGACUGGGAUAUGACGUGGGACGUAAACGUACGCGGAGUCGUCAACACGUCGGAUGCGGUGGUUGA